ACUAAUGGGGAGGGUGAAGAAAAAGUGAAUGCUGCCUUGGGGAAGCAACAGCAUUUUCUUCUGCUCCUGGGGCCCCUCCACCAGUCGGACGUUUCAUGGCUUCUCCAAGGUUAGAAACCUACUGCUGCCCAAACAGGGAUGCAGCCACACAGCUGGUGAUGAACUUCCAGCCUGAAGUCUUCUGUGGAGUCUGCAUUGGCAGUGCCUCCAUCAGCCUGCUACUGACCAUCCUGCAGCUCCUGCCAAAGAAGGGACAGAGCCCACGGAAGAUGCCCAAAGCCUCCUCCUCCUCCACCAUCCUUCUCCUUAUCUCCAUUUGUGACAUCCUCGGAGGCUUAGGUAUGAUCUUCAGGUCAAGUGUAUGGCUGGGCUUCCCAGGCUUCAUAGCUAACAUUUCUGUGGUGAACGGGACUGACGUGUGGCCUUCCACUUUCUGUGUGGGGAGCGCGAUGUGGAUCCAGCUGUUAUAUAGUGCUGGCUUCUGGUGGUUGUUUUGCUAUGCUGUUGAUUCUUACUUGGUGGUGAGAAGAUCAGCUGGACUGAGUACAAUUGUGCUGUACCACAUGAUGACCUGGGGCCUGGCAGUGCUGCUCUGUGUGGAGGGGAUUGCUCUGCUUUACUACCCCUCUCUCUCCAGCUGUGAAAAUGGCUUGGAACAUGCAAUCCCACAUUACAUCACAACCUAUGCCCCACUCCUGCUAGUGCUUGUGGCCAACCCAAUCCUGUUCAGGAGGACAGUAUCAGCAGUUGCCUCCUUACUGAAAGGGAGACAAGGAAUUUACACAGAGAAUGAAAGACGUCUGGGGACAGAGAUCCAGAUGCGCUUCUUCAAAAUUAUGCUGGUAUUUGUUAUUUGCUGGUCAUCCAACAUCAUCAAUGAGACCCUUCUGUUCUACCUCGAAAUGCAGCCAGAUAUCAAUGAAAUGCCCCUGAAAAACAUCAGGAGUGCUGCACUGAUCACCUGGAUUAUCAUGGGGGUUCUUAAUCCCAUGCAGGGCUUUCUCUUCACAUUGGCUUUCUAUGGCUGGACAGGAUGGAGAGUGGACCUGAAAUGGAGAAAGAGAGAAAUACCCUGGGAAUCUAUGUCCUCAUCAACUGUGGGGGAAAAUGCCUAUCCCUCACCAGUGAACUACCAAAGCAACAUCCAUGACUCCAAGAAGAUCUCGACAACUGACAGCCAGCAGACCGACGAGGCCAUCAGCAUGUUGUCUGAAGGUAACACCAGCAGUGACGAGAGAUUAACCAGAAGCUCUCCCAUCUACCAGGGCUGGUAGUUCCUAUGUGCAGAGCUGGAUCUAACUUUUCCUGGAUUUAACUUUUCACAUUGUCAAUACUCAGAAAACCACGUCAAUGUGCGAAUCAUUGUGUACUCUAGAAUUAGGUGUGUGCUCGGUGGCUUGAUGUCAUUUCCUGUAAUUUGUGUGAGUGUGUGAGAA